GUAACUGAUCUGACAGCGCCCUCUGGUGAAAGGGCAGGGCAACGAUACACAGAUUUGAGUAGAAAAACUGAGAAAAGGACUGUAUGUGGGUAAGAGAGACACAGAGAGAGAGAGAGCAUGUGAGACGCCCCGCUGACAGAUGUAUUGAUCGAGCAAGAGUAACUAGAUCUAAGAGUCCUGCAGAGAGAUGGAGAGUUAUUCUAGCUGCUUUGAGAGUGCAGAGCAGAGAACUGUGUGUGUGUGUCUGUGUUUUUCUGCGUGUGUGUCCUGCAGCAGCUGACACACAUCGGAUUCAUGGGCAGGAGAAUAGCUGGUGGUUGCGAGGGAGAGGAAGGAGUUCACUAACCUCCUCGUGUAUUUCUGUACCUGCAUCUUGCUUGUGUGUAACGCUCAGCUAUGUGUCCUCUCUGUAAUGAAAGGAAAGCCCCGGCCUAAGCAGCCAUGCGUGCUCUGCUGUCUGCAGGACAGAAGGGGCGAGGCCUGCAGACACAUAACACAGGCACGCUGCGUGUGACAUAAUGUGUUGCUGAGUGAACAGACGCCCUGGCUCCUGGGUCAUCUCCAUCUGCUCCCCGCCCUGUUAGCCCCUGUCACAGAGCAGGAGGAGCUGUAGGACUCGCAGCACCACCACUGCAGCACAACACUGUAGGACACAUGUUGGUCUGCUGUCGCUCCCUGAGGUGGAGGUCCUCCACGCUGUGAGCUCUCCCUGCGGCCAGACGCGCUCCUCUGCAGUCCGCGGCUCCUCCAGACUCAAACCUUCAGCCGCCCGGAGCCUGACAUGUGCCCGGUGUAGACGUCAGUGAGGGCGGAUCACCGCUGGACACCCCUCGCUGUCCGGCACCCCGCGGGGUCGCGCUUUGUUCGCAGUGAGGACCUCCUGUGUCUGUCCCUAAAAACCUCCAGAAAGCCUCAAAAUGGACCCUCUACAGAAUAACGGUGAGGAGGACUCGCAGUGUGCCGAGGAGGAGGAAGAAGUGGUGGAUCCAAGAAUCCAGGGCGAGCUGGAGAAGUUAAACCAGUCCACAGAUGACAUCAACCGCUGGGAGAGCGAGCUGGAGGACUGCCGUCAGCGGUUCCGUGCCGUGCUGGUGGAGGCGACGGUGAAGCUGGACGAGCAGGUGAAGAGGAUCGGACGAGCUGUGGACGACUCCAAGCCAUACUGGGAAGCCCGAAAGGUGGCGAGACAGGCCCAGGUUGAAGCCCAAAAGGCAACUCAGGAGUUCCAGCGAGCGGUGGAGAUCCUGCGGGCCGCCAAGGAGACCAUCGCCCUGGCGGAGGAGAGGCUGCUGGAAGAGGACAGUCGCCAGUUUGAUUCCGCCUGGCAGGAAAUGCUCAACCACGCCACACAGAGGGUGAUGGAGGCCGAGCAGGCGAGAACGCGCAGCGAAGCCGAACACAGAAAAACGGCAGCCAAUUACAAUUCCUGCAUCAGCAACAUGAGGCAGCUGGAGAAGAAACUCAAGCGUUCGAUUAACAAAUCCAGGCCGUAUUUUGAAAUGAAAGCCAAGUAUUAUCUACAACUUGAGCAACUGAAGCGUCUCGUGGAUGAGCGUCAAGCCAAACUUGUGGUGGCCAAGGCUGAGUACCGCGCAGCGCUACGCAACCUAGAGAGCAUCUCCGAGGAGAUCCAUGCCCAGCGACGUUCCCUCGCCAUGGGAACCAGGGAGCAGGGUGUCGGUGCGGAGGGAGACGGGGGCAACGACGACAUCGCCAACUUCAAGAUGGAGUCAGACAGUCUGUCAAUGGUGUCCGUGUCCAUUGACGAAGAGGGCAGUCACAGUAGCAGCUCAGAGGAGGAGGCCGACACUCACUGCACCUCCUCACCCCGAGCCAUGCCCUCCUCACCUUCCUCAUCCUCCUCCCAUCCUUCCACCUCUGCCUCCACCCCCCCUGACAUGCCCUGUCCUUACCCCUCCUCCUCGCUCUACAGCCCCUGCUCCUACCUCUCCUCCUCUCCCACUUCCUCCGUCCUCUCCUCCCCCUGUCCCAGCAGCCUGGAGUUAGUGAGUCCAUGUAGCUCUCAUGACCCAGACUCAGCGUGCGGUUCUGGGCAUGCCUCACCUCUCUUGGGCCCCCGCAGCCAGUGCAGUGGAGCUUCCUCUCCAGACUGCGACCAGGAGAGAGGUGACAGAGCGGAGGGAGCGGAGGCGACGCUCGAGGCCGGUUUGAACAAGCUGACCUUGACUGUAGCACAAAAGGAAGAGGGGGACUCAGGGGACGAGCAAGACUCCCACUUCAUCAACCCUGACGUUUCCUCUCCCAGCUCGUCUUCGACCGUUCUGUUACUCAACAGCGUCUAAUGAACGCCACUCUGACUCUUAAAACACUAACUAUAGCCGUCUUCAAGCCUCAAACUGGACUGAGUGGCCGAGGAUGUGGCUGGUUGAAGUGCACACUCCCAUCUCCAGCCUGACGUUAUGUCUCCAUAUUGGCUCAUCAUCAGAUGGUGUCAUAUUAAUGGUGCUAUAUGUAUUGUGUUUGAACAUCAGGACAUCUUUGUCAAAUAAAUUGUGAACCCAUGUGGAGGAUACAGGAGGAUUUAUUAGUGCUAACAUUAUUCAAAAGACUACAUUUCCCAUAAGCUCUGAGGCAAAGAAGAUGUUGCUUGUAACCUUGGAACCUAUUUCAUUAACUCUGUUUCUGCUAAAAGAAGAAUACUUUGUGCCAUAAAGACACUUGUGUUGUACAGUUCUGGCUCAUUGUAGAGGCUGUCAGUCCUCCAACAGUGUUGCAACCUUUUUUUAACAGUGAUCAGCGUCAAAGUUGAACAUUUUUCAAUAUCGAUAUGCUACAGUCGGAACAACAAAGAGACGUUUUGUAUUAAUGUGAACAGUGAGAGUCUUCUGAAGGUCUGAGUCUCCACCAGGAUAAAAACAAAAAGGACUAAACCAUCUGUGGGCUGUUCGAAUACGUCUUGUUCUACCUUGAUCACUGAGUUCUUCCUGUAACGCCUACAAGUCAGUUUUGAAAUGUACAAUGUGGUGAUUGCUUUAGAGGAACAGCUGUCAAGGAGGGAAGUGGGGUGCGAGCAGUACCCUGAGCACUAAAGUGAAGAAGAGACUGUCCUCAGACAGGACUGAGACACAAAUCCUCCAUUUGGAUUUGUCAUUGAGUGAGUGAUCCUCAGCACAGCCCAUCAUCUGUGGCGGAGGAUUGAGUGAAUGCUUUUUUGAGUGUGUCUGUUUUAGAGAAAUGCUCAAAUACUAGCCUGUAGUUCAUAUAUUCUAUAUUUAUACUACUGUAUUCUUGUAAAUGAACAAUGUUUUGUGGUGACUGUUGUUAUUGUUUAACACAAAAUGAGCAAUAAACACGUGCUACACUUAA